AUGGUGAGAGAACAAGCGCCUGCCAAGGUGCCCCUCCGGCCGAUUACGGCAAACGAAGACGCCAGGCGACCUGCAGAGACGACGAGCCAUUCCCAGGGCGCGCCCAACACACCAAACAAGAGCACUGCUGCGAGUAGGCCGACCGCGACGACCGCCGCCACUUUGCCCUUUGACGAAGACUGGUUCGAAGACGGGAGAUCGCCGGCUCACAGCCAGAGCCAAGGGCAGAACCUCUUGGACCGAUUCAAUGCGCUCAGCCUAGCCGGAUCCCAAUCCAAGUCGCAGGAUGGAUCGGCAGCUCCCGCAGACGCCUCCCUCGUCGAGAUCUCCCCGCCGAAAGCCAGGGGCAAUCUCCUCUCCUCGACCGGCACCGGCUCCAGCCAGGGCGCGAAGAACAACCCCUAUGGCGGCGGCGCGGCACACAAGAAUCUCUUUGGCUCUUCGUCGUCUUCUCAGGGCGGCAGGGGCAAGGCCGGCGUCUUUGUCAAGCAAACUCGACGCCCUGAGCAUCACCGGGACGACCGCUACCGCAUCUCGGCCCCUACCGCGGCCAAAGCUGCGGAUAUCCCGGCGGCCGCGCCCAAGAUGUUUAGCUCGGCGGACGCGUUUGAGACGAAGCCGUUUGGGCACUACGAGCCGGGCCAAGAGUUCUACACCGACCCGAAAAAGGCUGCGUCGGACCUGAAGGCGCUGCUGGAGGGUGGCAUGGAUGAGGAGGAAGAGGAGGAGGGGAGGCGGAGGCGGGAGGGCUCUGCUGGAGUGGAGGAGAAGAAGAGCAAGAAGAUGCAUGACGGAACGCUGGAGGGGCUAAACGUGAAGCUGCUUCCACAUCAGGUCGAAGGUGUUGAGUGGAUGAAGGGCCGCGAGCUUGGCCCCGUAAAGCGCGGCAAGGUGCCUCGGGGUGGCAUCUUGGCGGACGACAUGGGUCUUGGAAAGACGCUGCAGAAAGACGACGUUGGUCGUCGCCCCCUGGCGCUGAUCCGACAGUGGGAGGCGGAAAUCAAGGAAAAGGUGGCCAAGACGCACCAGCUCAAGGUUUAUGUUCACCACGGGCCGCAGAGGACGAAAUCGCACAAGGAGCUCGCGCUCUACGACGUGGUGGUCACCACGUACCAGACGCUGGUGUCGGAGCACGGGCACUCGAGCAGCGCGGCGGACGGGCCUAAGGCCGGGUGUUUCGGGGUCAAUUGGUGGCGUGUGAUCCUGGACGAGGCGCACUCGAUCAAAAACCGUAACGCCAAGGCGACCAAGGCGUGCUGCGCGCUGUCCACGGUCUUUCGGUGGUGCCUGACGGGUACGCCGAUGCAGAACAACCUCGACGAGCUGCAGUCGCUCAUCCACUUUUUGCGCAUUCAGCCGUACGACGACCUCAAGGAGUGGCGCGACCAUAUCGACCAGCCCAUGAAGAACGGCAAGGGAGGAGGGCGCGCUGAACCCGGGGGCAAGCCGUCGGAGCCGGGCGAGGAAUCCGCGACCGGGUUCAAGGUGACGGAACGCAAGGUGGUGGACAUCACGGUCAGCUUUUCGCCGGCGGAGAAGAGGUUCUACGGCCGGUUGCAGGCGCGCGCGGACAAGAGCCUGGAGAGGAUGCUCAAGGGGCGGGUCAACUACGCCAACGCGCUCGUGCUGCUGCUGCGGCUGCGGCAGGUGUGCAACCACCCGAAGCUGGUGGAGGGCAAGCUCGAAAAGGACCGGGAUGCCCUCUCGACGGGGAGCGGUACCGGGGGCAUCGGCAAGGAGGUGUCGCAGACGGCCAUGGACGACUUGGCGGACCUGUUUGCGUCGGCGUCGAUCCAGACCAAGUCGUGCGGGAUCUGCGGGUACGAGCUCGGCCCGGUGGAUUCCAUGUCUGGGCGGGAUACGUGCCAGGAUUGCUACGAUGACUUGGCGUACUUUAACGAUGGGGAGGAUGCGGCGGCGAAGAAUAGUGGCAAGAGGAAGACGAAGCAAAAAGAAAAGGGAGGAAGCAAGGACAGAGGUGAUGGGCGACGGAAGCAGACGGAGGCGAAGACGUUGCGCAGGCGCGGGGCUAGAAAGGUGAUUGUGGACAGUGAUGACGAAGACGAGGAGGAGGCGGAUGGGAGUUGGCUUGUGCCCGAAGACCAGCGCGGCGCUCUCCGGCUGGGUAAAGCGGGUGGCGAGGAGGAUGAGAACGCCGAAGGUGGUGGUGAUUGGAUAGGAUCCGAUGACUCGAUCCACAAAUCGGAGGCGGAGGAGGAGGGGAGCCAGCUCGAUAGCUUCAUCGUGCCGGACCACCAGGUGCCCAAGGACUCUUCAUCGGUGCUUGCGGCUUACAAGACUGAUGAUGAUGAUGAUGAUGACGACGACGACAGUUUCCCGUCCGUGCAGGAAUUGUGCUCGCAGCGCUCCCAGUCUCGGACCGUAAAGGGUGACGAGACGGGAUCGAUCCACGAGAGCAGUUCCGGGAGUGAAGACGACGAUGACACGGACUCGGAUGCGGAGUCGGUCGAUACGGGGAUCGACGAGGCGGACAUUGCCAGCGGCAGCGACGACGACGAGCCGUCAAUUCUUCGCGCGCCCAGACGAAAGGGCGGGACCAGCCAGCAGGUGCUCGCGUCGGCCAAGAUCCGGCGGCUGGUCAAGAUUCUGCACAAGGAGGUGCACGAGCACAAGUUUAUCGUGUUUUCGCAAUUCACGUCCAUGCUGGACCUGGUGGAGCCGUUUUUCGAAAAGGAAGGGUUCAAGUAUACGCGGUACGACGGGGGCAUGAAGAAUGACGAGCGCGAGGAGAGCCUGCACAGGUUGCGAAACGACAAGAAUACACGGAUUCUGCUGUGUAGCUUGAAGUGCGGGUCUCUGGGCUUGAACUUGACGGCUGCGACGCGCGUGGUGAUUCUCGAACCGUUUUGGAAUCCGUUUAUCGAGGAGCAAGCCAUUGACCGGGUACAUCGCCUCACGCAAAAGAUUGACGUAGUCGUCUACAAGCUCACGGUCGGAGGGGCCUUCAAGCUGGGCAUCAAGGAGAUGCUUGACCUGUUCAAGCACGAGGGCAGCGCGGACUACGUUGGUACGUAUGAGCAAGGCCCCGGAGACGAGGAUGCUGCUGGAGGCAACGGUUCCCCCUUUCUCCGCGCCCACGUCCAAAACGCCCUCUCCAUCGUCUGGACCACCGCCCUCCCCCUCUCCUCCUCCCCCGCCACCCUCGCCGCCCGCAUCCUACAGCACCACCUCCCCGCCUACGCCUCCCACACCUACAUCGACUUCUGCGCCGGCGGCGGCGGGCCCACCCCCGAGAUCGAGCGCGUCCUCAACGCCGGCCUGCGCCGCCGCCGCGUCGGCGACGCCACCUUUGUCAUGACCGAUCUGCACCCCAACCCCCGCAGCGUCGAUGCCCGCGACGGCGGCGACGUCGUCCGCAAGUGGGUGGACAAGGGCCGCGCCGAGGGGAGGUGGCCCGUCGGUGCCCCGGGCGCCCGUGACGGCGCGAGGGUCUGCCGGUUGUUCAACUUGGCUUUUCACCACUUUGACGACGCGUUGGCCGGCGAUAUCGUCAAGGAUACCGUCGAAACGAGCCACGCUUUUGCAAUCUUUGAGCUUCAGGAUCGCCACUUCAUCUCCUUUAUCCCAACUCUCCUUCUCUUCCCCGCCACACUCCUCCUCGCCCCUCUCUACGCCUUACGCCAACGCUCCCUCUCUGCCCUCCUCUUCACCUACCUCAUUCCCAUCAUCCCCUUCGUCCUCGUCUUCGAUGGCUGGAUGUCUGGUCUGAGGACCCGCACUCCCGACGAAGUCGAGGCCAUGCUCCGGAGACAUGGGGGCCCCGAAGCGGCCAACUGGACGGUCAAGAGCGGGAGAGAAAUGCAUCUCUGGCCUUGCGGCGCAGGUGGAUCCCGCGUUCAAAUGUGUUCCUUGAUUCCCGACCUUUAA